AUGGCGCCCACCACUGUCCCCUCGGUUCAGGACAUCGAGGUCCCGGAGACGCUUCUCAAGAAGCGCAAGCAAAACGAAAAGGCCCGGGAGGAGCGCCAGGCCAAGCUCGCCGAGACUCGCAAGUCUGCAAAGGCGAAGCGCGAGGUGAUCUUCAAGCGGGCGGAGACGUACGUGAAGGAGUACCUGGACAAGGAGCAGGAUGAGAUCCGCCUGAAGCGCGCGGCCCGCUCUGCCGGCGACUUCUACGUCCCGGCGGCGCCGAAGGUGUACUUUGUUGUCCGCAUUCGGGGUAUCAACGAGAUUGCGCCCAAGCCGCGCAAGAUCCUCCAGCUCCUCCGCCUCCUCCAGAUCAACUCUGGCGUCUUCGUCCGCGUGACCAAGGCCACCCAGCAGAUGCUCCGCCUCGUCGAGCCCUACGUCACCUACGGCGAGCCCAACCUCAAGACCGUCCGUGAGCUCAUCUACAAGCGUGGCUACGGCAAGGUCAACCACCAGCGCCUCCCCCUCUCCUCCAACCAGGUCAUCGAGGAGAACCUCGGCAAGUACGACAUCCUCUCCGUCGAGGACCUUGUACACGAGAUCUUCACCGUCGGCCCCAACUUCAAGCAGGCCGCAAACUUCCUCUGGCCCUUCAAGCUGUCCAACCCCACCGGCGGCUGGAGGACGCGCAAGUUCAAGCACUACGUUGAGGGUGGUGACUUCGGCAACCGCGAGUCGAACAUCAACAAGCUCAUCCGCCAGAUGAACUAA